AUGUCUGACGAGUAUGGCUCUCCCCCAAGAUUUGGGAGGAUCGCGCGACCUACAGGCUACCUACUUCUCAAUACCGAAGAUGUGAAUCCAAUGGCGACGCAUGGGAAAGGGAUUUUAAAUAGUCUGAUUAAGUCGCGUUCUCAUACAUCUCUCACUGCCUUGCAUCGACGACCCUCCUCUUUCCGCGAAGGCAGAGAUAACCCAGAAACAUUCGAUGAGGAGAUCGGCCCAUUCGAAAGAUUUCGCAGAGACUCGAGGGACUUAGAUGAACCAGAUGAUUUCAAGCGUAGUGAAGAGAGGCGCCUCAGUGUUAUUCUUAAUGGGCCUCAGAUGCGAAGCCAACGGCUUAUUGGAAACAGCAAUCCGAGGUACAAAUGGGAGAGAUAUUGGAAGACGGAGGAGGAAUUGAAAAGCAUGAAGAAGCCGUUACGGGAGUAUUACGAACGUACAAAUCUCUUGGUACAGCAAUAUCUGUACAUCGACCGCCUCUUAGAUUCAUCACUACCUCACGACUUAUUGAACGAGUACAACGAUACCCCGGGUAUUGAUAGCUCUUCAGCCUUGCGAGCAGGUGUAGAAGUCCCACCCACGAUAAAUGAGGAGCCUCAUACGCCGAUUUCAGAGACUGGAGGCUCUACACCAACAGGAAAUGGAACUGGGACCCUGACGAAGAAAGUCAAACGAACACCACGAGAGAUAUAUAAAGUCUCAAGCGAAGUUUCGCCUCUUAUUGACCAUGGUGACGACGAUGAUUGGGAUGGCCCAAAGCCCGAAAUCCCUGGAAUGGAAGAUGAUAGUGUUGAGAGCGGCGACCGGAUCGUUCAGCUUGCCAUUUAUGUCAACUUUGCCGCCAAUGCUGUCCUUCUUGCUGGAAAAAUUGCUGUCAUUGUACUCACAAGUUCAUUGUCCGUUUUGGCAAGUUUAGUUGAUGCCGCCCUCGAUUUCCUCAGCACUGCCAUUGUUUGGACCACGACGAGAAUGAUCGCUAGACGUGAUCAGUACCAAUAUCCGGUGGGCCGGCGGCGACUCGAGCCUAUCGGCGUCUUAGUUUUCUCGGUGGUCAUGAUCACGUCCUUUUUCCAAGUUGCCUUAGAGUGUCUCAGCAGAUUGAAAUCUCUGGACCAUUCAAUCAUCGAACUUGGCCUCCCAGCUAUUAUUAUCAUGUCCAGUACAGUAUUUAUCAAAGCCGCCUGCUGGUUCUGGUGUCGACUGGUCAAAAACUCAAGCGUCCAAGCCCUUGCCCAAGAUGCCAUGACAGACGUUAUUUUUAACAUUUUCAGCAUCAUAUUUCCCCUUGUUGGUUAUUAUGCAAAGCUUUGGUGGCUUGAUGCUCUUGGAGGUCUUCUGCUCUCAAUGUUCGUGAUCUUCAAUUGGUCUGGGAGCGCAGCUGGGCACAUUCGAAACCUCACCGGGGCCGCAGCAACGGCCGAUGAACGAAACGUCCUCCUUUAUCUUACCAUGCGAUUUGCAAAGACCAUCAAGCAGAUCCAAGGCUUACAAGCCUAUCAUGCCGGUGAUAAGCUCAAUGUUGAGGUGGAUAUCGUCCUGGAUGAGAACAUGAGUCUGAGAGACAGCCACGAUUUGGGCGAGUCGUUACAGUAUGUCUUGGAAUCGGUCCCAACGGUGGAUCGAGCAUUCGUGCAUCAGGAUUAUGCGGGCUACAAUUUGCCCACGCAUAUGCAGCAACAGAGCGAAUAG